UUUGAAUUUUCUUUAAUGUUGAUUAAAGGCCACAAAACUCUCUCUCUAUCCCGGUUGUUUGUCCAAAUUUCUCCUCCCCAGUCCAGUUGUUUGGCCAAAUUCCUCAAUAUUUUAUCAGAAUACUGGGUCUAGAAUCUUCUUCUUGCCUUUCUACUUUUCUCUCUCUGUGCAUCUUUCUCUCGCUUGUAGGCGUGCCAAGCGUCCCUUGCCUUACUUCAAUUAGGGGUCUUUUUCUCAACGAUUUUAUUAGGGUUUUCGCUUCUAUAAAAGUUAUCAAUUUUGAAGUCUCUUGCGGAGGUCAGAAGAAGCGAUAAUUGAUGGAGGACUGGGAGGAGGAGCCUAUUACAGAUCUUAUGAAAAAGGAGCAACUGAAGAGUAAAUGGGAUGAUGAAGAUUUGGAUGAUAAUGAUGUGAAGGAAUCUUGGGAAGAUGAAGAAGAGCCUACUCCUGCACCUAAAGUAGAGCUACCUCCUGUCAAGGCCCCUAAGAAGGCUGCAGCCAAGUCAGGUGAAAAGAAAGAGAGAUUAGUUGAAGAUGAAAAGGAGGCACCAUUAGAUCCUAUAGAAGAAAAACUCCGUCAGCAGAGGCUUGUGGAAGAAGCUGAUUACAAGGCUACUACAGAAUUAUUUGCUAAAAAGGGUGACGAGAAGACUCUUGAUAAUUUCAUUCCAAAAACUGAAAACGACUUCUUAGAAUAUGCUGAACUUGUUGCUCAUAAGCUUCGUCCAUAUGAGAAAAGCUUUCAUUAUAUUGGAUUGCUCAAGGCUGUAAUGAGAUUGUCAUUGACUAGUUUGAAAGGGUCAGAUGCCAAAGAAGUUGCCUCUUCGGUGACUGCAAUUGCAAAUGAAAAGAUAAAAGCAGAGAAAGAAGCCAAUGCUACCAAAAAGAAGACUGGUGGAAAGAAGAAACAACUGCAUAUUGGCAAGCCUGAUGAUGAUGUGGUUGGUGGUGGUGGUGGUGGAUAUGAUGAAUAUGACGAUUACGAUUUUAUGUGAGCAGGCAUUUUGGUUAAUGGUAAUUUAUGCAUAAGCAGUUUGCGUUAUUAGAGUGCUAUACCUUGGAAAUUCGCAUUUAUAAAGUCGUGUGAUUUAAGAGGAUCAUCUCGCGGCCUGUUCUCUCCCAAUUAGGAGAUGGAUCGAGUUUUGAGUGUCAGUUUUUUGUUGACUAAGAACAUCUAAAUUUUUCCGUUCAAUUUUGUGCUUCUCAUGGAACUUAGAAUCCAUCUUUUGAUGAUUUUGUUGGUGGGAUUAUCUGUACUCAUUUAUGGAUUUAAGAUUCUGAACAUGAACUGUAAGAUUUUGGGUGAAUAAAGAGCCGCGCCAGAGCUUGGAGGAGUGUGGCAAUGCCAAUGGCUCCAUGAAACUUGCACGUCUCUAUAAUUGGGCAAUUGGGCAAUUUUAGUUUUAGGGAGGCCAAAAUGGUAAUAUUAAGGUGAAUUUCUGAAUGCCUUUUAACUUUUAUGGCUUUGUAAUAGAUGAAGUUAUUAGUUGUUGAGAUUAUUAUCACAAUUUUCAAAUACAUUUUUAUGCUUUUCAUAGAGUUUAGUAGAGGUUGAAACAUUAUAUUAAUACAUUUGAUA